AGCAGGAAGCGAAGGGGGGAGGUGAGAGAGAAGGAACACCAGUGAGAGAGAGAGAGAGAGAGAGAGAGAGAGAGAGAGACAGAGAGAGCUCAUUCACUUCAACCACAGCUGACACCAAAACCUGCACAGUGCGCCCCAGGCUGAACAAAGCGCUCCCUCCUUUUCUCUCUGCGUGACAAUGGCCACCACUCCCGUUAAAGACUCAGGUUUCACAGGUGCCCUGCACCUCCUCCUGUUAGGACUACUCCUGCCAGCAGUAUUAGUGUCAGGUCAAAGUACAUCAACUGCCACCACUGCAAACAUGACAAUGAACAACGCAACCUCCCAGCCGACAAACACUUCAUCUGGAGCAAACAGCAGCACCACCCAGGCCCCCACCUCCCAGUCCCCAAACACCACCUCUGGGGCCCCAACAAUGACCACACAGUCCGCUACGACCAACAUCAUCAGCCAGUCUGCCAACUCCACCACCUUAGGAGUUUCUACUACAACCAUGAACCAGUCCAGCCUCACCACGAUGGUCUCAGGUGGAACGACCAUAGCCAUUGUCUAUUUCGAAUGUCCCUCAUUCAGCUGUAACAAGUCGGAGUGCUACAGUAUGUACAGCAGUCAGAAUGCCACCUGGUGUCCUGCUGAGUCCGUUUGUCAGCUGAUGAGGCAGAUGGACAUGUGCUACACCGUUAGCUGCACUGCCUCAUGUGCUGACAGCUGCGUCAACGCCUCUCAGAUCGACUGCAAUGAGAACUGCUGCAACUUUACUGGCUGCCUCAACAGCAGUUUUGCUUCCAUGAUGAACAUGACCACAGCAAGUGGAAACACAACAACAAUGACACCGACCUCCAAACCAGUCACUAAAACUACUACCACCGGCCCAGUAAACAAUGGAAACAAGUGUAAUAAAGGUGUGUGUACUGGCCCGAGCUGCUACACAGCUUUUAAAACUGCACCCAUCCAAACCUGCUCGUCCUCACAGCCACACUGUCAGCUGAUGAAGGAGACAGUGGACUCCUCACUUAAGUGGACGGCAGGUUGCAUUUCCAACUGUUCUGCCAAAACCACGUGUGAGGCCUCCACUCCACCUCCGUGUCAUCUGGAGUGCUGCAACGCCACCAGCACCUCCUGCCUAUGGCUGAACGGCACCAUGAAUGUCCCCUCGUUCGCCACCAGAGGCCCUUCUCUGCACACAGAACUGAUGACCUGCUUACUCGGCCUGCUCGCCUUCACCCUGAUGCUGUGAGGGACUGUGAGCGGCCUCAGUUGUUGUGUAGGGUCAUGUUAGGUAUCCAGAGCUUUGUAUAACUCCCAGUCCUUCCAGAAAUAAAGCAGGUUACAGGUUUACACUACUUCAUAUAUCUCAGUGAUAUUCAUAUGUGAUUGUGCUGUAUAUAUAAAUGUGGGGUAAUAUAAAUGUUAAAGCUAUAAUGUUGAUUUUCUUUCUUUUUUUAUUGAAGAUUCCCGGUCACAUUUUUAUCUCUGUUUCAAGACCAGUGACAAAUGGCUUUGAACAGUAUUUCUAAAUGAGAAGAUUCAUCAACUUCAGGAAUAAAUUUAAAAUCUUUAUAAUCUUUAUAAAUAAACAAAAUAACACAUUUAAAAAAAGUCAAAAACAUUUUAUUGGCGUGAAGUUUAGAUUAAAGAAAUUAUUUUGAAUCUAGACUCCUUGUUUUAGCCUUGACCUUGCCCAUGAUUAAAUUCAUGUCCUUUUUAAAAAAUGAUUUCCACUUUCAACUGACACAUUUUUUAUUUUGGAUGGGUGAGUGAGCCAAAACACUAGGUUUUAGUGGUUGUGAGCAAUUUUUUAUCAUGUUUUUACAAAACAAUUUCCCCCUCAGAUGAUCAACUUUUGAAGCCAUUGAGAGUAAUGCACUUUAUGAAACUCAAACUCUGAGCUGUCACAGGGUGUUGUGAGAUUGGCUGAACAACUGCUGUCAAUGUAAUCACAAUGAAAUGUGCAAUUCAGGACUUUUUGGCUACUUCUUGUCAAAAAAAUGUUUUGUGGUGAAUCGUGACUUUGAUGUAUACGUGGUGUACAAAGUAUAUUUUUUGGUAUAAUGGUGUCAUGUAAAUGCUCAAAGAAAUCAGAACGGUGUCAGGUUAUUCUAGUUUUGUGUUUCUGUAAAAUAUGAUGAUAG